GCAGCCAUGGGAAUAAUGCCGCUCAUACGGGUACUGGCCACCAUCGCCAUCGCCAUCUGUUGCCUCCUGGCCACUUCCUGUGGCGCCGAGAACAUCGAGGCCAUUUCCACCAAGGCCGCGGACAAGGUCGAGGCCACCACCACCACCAAGCUGACCCCCACCGUCGCGGAGGACUCCAAGAGCAAGACCGAGAAGCGCGACUCAUCGGAUCAGACAGGUGGUCCCUACUUGAGCCUAUCGAGCAAAGAGCCCCCCUUCCGGCCGUAUUACCCACCCGGCAGCCACUUUGAGGCGGAGACGCCCACGCCCAUCUUCGGACCCACCACGCUGCGCUACACGGCGGCGGAGGCGGCACCACCGGCGGCAACACUGCCACAGGCGUUCUACGGACAGAGGGCGCCACCGCAGCACCACCGCUUCAGCUUUGCAGUGCCGCCGCAAGUGGAAUCCUACCAGCGACAAGUCGCGUAUAAGCCAGCUGCCCCCUCGCCGCAGCCGCAGCUGCAGCCACAUCAGCAUCUGCAUCAGCAUCCGCAUCAGCAUCCGCAUCAGCAUCCGCAUCAGCAGUCGAUUUUCAAUUACGGCGAACUUGAGCCGGAGGCGGGGGCAGCCACACCACUGGCCACCCAGCAGGCGAAGUACCUGCAGCAGCCGCAGCCGCAGCAAAAGUUGCAGCAACGCAUCCAGUACAUAAUUGCCAUACCUCUGUCCUACAUGCGCCAGUUGCAGCAGCAGCAACAGUUGCAACAGCAGCAGCAGCAGCAGCAUCAUCAGUUGAUCCUGGGUCCACCGCCCACCAGUAGUAGCAGCAGCACCACCAGCACCAGCACCACCAGCACUGCACCACCCUCAGCACCCUCGGCGCCCUUGGCCAACGGCAGGCAUUCGGUGGUGCAGCUGCUGGGUCCGCUGGCCCGCGACCAUCAGGGCCAGUACAAGCCCUACUACCAGUCGGACGCCGCCAGUGCACCACUCGCUGGACCCGGCGCACCACUGAUCCACCAGCCGUACCUACAAAUCCCCACCAGCCUGCUGAUGGCCGCCGCCCAGCAGCUGCAGCAGCACCACCACCAACAGCAGCAACAGCAGCAGCAGCAGCAACAACAGCAGCAUGUUUACGCCAAAGUGGCCGCACCACCUGCACCACCCACCUCCCAGCCCGCCCAGCUGAUCUACCAGCCGCAGCCGCAGGCGCACCACCACCAGCCGCAGAUCCAACUGCAGCUGCAGCGAAUCUUCCUGCAACACCCGCAGCCCCAGCAAUCCACCAUCUACGCCGAGCAGCCAGCUCCACUUUAUGCAUAUCCGCUGCAGCAGCAACACCAGCAGCAAAACCAGCAGCAACACCAGCACUACCACCAGAAGCCGCAGCAGCAACAGCCCCUGAAACAGGCGCAUCAGUCGCAGCAGCAACACAAAUACACGCCUGCAGCACCGACAUCUCCGACAGCAUUGACAACAUCAACAACGAGCAGCACAGCAGCAGCAGCAGCAACAGCAACAGCAGCAACAGGAACACCACAGGCAGCAGCAGCAGCAGCAGCAACAUCUACACGACAGCAACACUUGCCCCUGGUGCACUACAAUCCCAUUUACGUGCAGGCGCCCGCCGAGCAGCAGCAUCCGCAGCAGCAGCAUCAAUUUGCCAUAUUGCCACGUUUUAGCAAUAAUAACCCCAAGGCCGUUUACAGCCUGGCCCAUGAAUCGGCGGGUCCAGGCCCAGGAUUGGUAACGGGAUCGGGAGCGGGAGCAGCUCCCAUUCACGUGGUCAGAUUGUCGGCGGCAAAUGGGCCGCCGAUCCAUCACUACCACCACUACCAGCCGGCGGCGCCGCUGCUGCAGUCGCUCUAUGGCCAUGCCCCGCAGCAGUAUGUGUCGCCGUAUGCGGCCGUUUCCGGUGCAGGUUCAGGUUCAGGCUCCGGUGGCAGCUCCGGGUCCAGCUCCCUUUUGGCCGGACCCACGCCAUCGCCCCACAUGACCGCGGCCUCGCCGGCCAUUAUUCCGUACUUCAGUCAUCCGGGCGCCGUGCAUUAUGGCACGCAUUUGUACCAACCGGGCGCAGCAACAGCACUGGGUGCAACAGCAUCAGCAGCAUCCGCAGCAGGGCCCAGAUCCACAGCAGGAGCAAAGCAACAGUCGACCGCAACAAGUGGGGGACAGCUGCCAGGUGACAGCAGCAAUAUUGUGAAAUAUCCCUAAGGCGAUCAAAACAACAAUGACAGCAGCAGCAGCAGCAACACAAUCGCCACCAGGAGCAACAUCACCCAGGGCGAGGAUGGAGCUGAGCUCUAAGCUCGAUUUGAGGACACAGGAGCAGCCAGGAGCA